GGCUGCCCUUCCAAUAAUCGGGAGACUUGGGAAACAUUUAAAGAAAUUACUGCGGAACUGGCUGGAGUGAGUUGAAACAUUGCGGGACGGUUGUAUAUUAGCUCAAAUACUCACAUUGCUUCAUAACAAGCAAUAAGUGCAAAAGGUAUAAGGCUUCUGGCAAGAAGAUGCGUUCCCUGGUAUUGGCAUCCAUACAAAACUCUAUCACUGCUGCUAAGUGCAAAUAAAACAGCCCACAGUUUUCAAAUAAAAUACUUUUUACAGCCAUCUAAUAGAAGAUUCUACACAGCUUUUGAAACAAUGAGAAAGUCUGAAACUAUUAGAGAUGUAAUUGGAGGAGGAUCAUUUUGAACGCAACCACAAAGCUGGAUUUUUACAUUAUGCUGCAAUUCAGCGCAUCUUCACAAUAUUUCUGAACUCUUGUAGAAAAUUCUCAGUAUUCACUGUUGAGAUAUUUAUGCCAUUUGCACACUGUGGUGAUCUAAUGACUAAGAAAUGUUUUUUUAUGGAUAUAAAAGGUGCUCUAUGAAUAAAUACUUUCUCCUGGAACUAUCUGCUAUACAAUAAGAAUAUCUUACUAUCCAUGGGUACCAAGACAGCCAUAGAUAUUGCCAUUCUUAGGUGAUGGAAACAGGUGGUCUUCGAGUCCAGAGGAGGAAUCCUGUUAGAAAGAGGAGCUUACCUAGUGGGCAUAGCUUCCUUACUCCUACUAAAAAAAGGAUAAGUAGCAGAUUAGACACAGAUAUGAAGACUCUCUGUGAUUCCAGGAAUGUGACCCUUUCCUGUGCUACCAAUGAAAAGGAUUUUGUUUCACCUCCAUGCAGAGAGUUAAAUGACAGCGAUGAAGACCUCUUUGGUGAUUACGACAGCUUUGCUGAGGAUCCUUCGUUACUUGCACAGGUGGAUGAGAUAGAAAAACAGUCCACUCAAGGAUCUACCAAGGUUUUGCAACGCAAUCUAAAACAAAACCUGGAAGAAUUUCAUUUAACUGAGGGGAAAAUAAAUAAUAAUAUAUUUGUUGGAAUAGAGCAAACUGAAGAAAAAUGUUCUUCACAAGGAAUCACAAGUGAAAUGAAAGAUCUGUCUGAUGACUUUUUAGAUGAGUUGCCAUGCUCACAGUUACUUUGUUGGGAAGAUCAAAAUCCACCGUCAAAUAUGGCAGCACAUAAGGGUUCUACACACCUUAGUGAUCGGAAUGUUGCAGAACCAAGCAAUAUUUUGCCUCCCAUUGGUGAAGUGAGUGACAUAGACUCCCCAAGUAUUUCUCUAGUAAACCAUGAACAGGGAAGAAGGAAGAGUCUUAAGGAUCAUCUUAAAAACACGCUAGCUGGAAAUGUGAAGGCUCAGUCUCCACAGGUUUCUAGGACUAAGCAGCUCCAAGAUGCUAUACUUUCCGAGGAAAUUGAUGUCGCUAAGAAGACUGUGGAAACAUUGUCUGAGUUGGAUUUAGGACCAUUUUACGGUCUACCCAGUAGAGUCAGUGAACUUAUUGAACAGAACAGAGGAAUUAAAAAACUCUACGAUUGGCAGCACACCUGUUUGACCUUGGAAUCGUUAAAAGAAAGGAAGAACUUGAUUUACUCCUUGCCUACUAGUGGUGGAAAAACGCUGGUUGCAGAAAUCAUUAUCCUUCAGGAACUGCUGUGCAGACAAAGGGAUGUGCUCAUGAUCUUGCCAUAUGUUGCUAUUGUACAGGAAAAGGUUCGUGGUUUGUCCAGUUUUGGAGUGGAUUUGGAUUUUUUGGUAGAGGAAUAUGCGGGCAGCAAAGGAAGAUUUCCUCCCUUAAAAAGAAGAAAAAGAAAAUCACUUUAUAUUGCCACAAUAGAAAAGGGGCACAGCCUUGUCAAUUCCUUGAUUGAAAAUGAACGGAUCAGUGAGUUGGGCCUUGUAGUUGUUGAUGAGCUGCACAUGCUUGGAGAAGGACAUCGAGGUGCUAUUUUGGAAAUGACCCUAGCUAAAAUUUUACACACUAGCGCAACCACACAAAUAAUUGGAAUGAGCGCAACUUUAAACAAUGUGGGUGAUCUGCAGCAGUUUCUUAAAGCAGAAUAUUAUACGGACAACUUCAGACCUGUGGAACUUAAAGAAUUUGUUAAAGUUCGAGAUAGUAUUUAUGAAGUUGACAACAAAUCUGAGGAUAACUUUACAUUUUCCCGACUUCUCAACUACAGGUAUUCUAGUAACAUGCUGAGAAUUGAUCCUGAUCAUAUUAUUGCUUUGGUGACAGAAGUAAUUCCAAAUCAUUCGUGUCUUGUCUUCUGUCCUACAAAGAAGAACUGUGAAAAUGUAGCAGAAAUGAUAUGUAAAUGUUUGAACAAAUCCUAUUUAAGUCACAGAGAAGCAGAGAAGAAGAAUCUGAUUGAAGAUCUGAAGAACACAGGGAAUGGAACCCUUUGCUCUAUUUUAAAACGCACCGUUCCCUUCGGCAUUGCUUAUCAUCACAGUGGGUUGACCAGCGAUGAGAGAAAACUGAUAGAAGAAGCUUAUUCAGCAGGAGUACUGUGUCUGCUUACAUGCACUUCUACUCUUGCCGCUGGAGUCAACCUUCCAGCCAGAAGAGUUAUUUUACGAGCUCCUUACGUUGCCAGAGAUUUCCUUAAACGAGCCCAGUAUAAGCAAAUGAUUGGAAGAGCAGGCCGAGCUGGUAUUGACAGUGCUGGUGAAAGUAUCCUUAUUAUACAGGAAAAAGACAAGCAAAUGGUACAAGAAUUAGUGAGCAAGCCGAUGGAGAACUGUUACAGCAACCUCAUGUACGACAACGGGAAAGGCUUCCAAAGCCUGCUGCUUUCUCUGAUUGGGCUGAAGAUUGCCAAGACAGCAGAGGAAAUCCACCGCUUUGUUUGCUGCACAUUAUUCAGUGUUCAGAAAACACAUUUUUGCCAAGAGAAGAGUUUGUGGGAUGUAACCCAGGAAUCACUGCAGUGCCUUGCAGACAAGGACCUGAUAUAUAGCAAGGUGUGCAGUGAAACUGACCUGCCUAUAUUUGAGGUAUCAAAACUAGGUCAAGCAACUUAUAAAGGAUCUAUCGAUUUGGCCUAUUGUGAUGUUCUGUAUCAUGACUUGAAAAAAGGAUUGGAAGGCUUAGUUUUAGAGAGUUUCCUUCAUCUGAUCUACCUUGUAACACCAUAUGAAAUGCUUGAUCAGUGUAGCCCAGACUGGAUGAUCUAUUUCAGACAAUUUAACCAGCUCAAUCCAACAGAGCAAAAAGUAGCAGAUAGUGUUGGAGUACCAGAAAGUUUUCUCGCACGGAAGGCCUCAGGUCAGACUGUAAAAAAGAGUGCAGAUGACAGAGUGAUCAACCGGCUUUAUCUCUCCUUUAUACUUUACACCUUGCUGAAAGAGACUGAUAUAUGGUUCGUGUCUGAAAAAUUCAAUAUGCCCCGAGGAUCUAUUCAAAACUUGCUGAACUCAUCUGCCUCCUUCUCCUCCUGCGUGCUCCACUUCUGUGAGGAAUUAGAUGAAUUCUGGGCAUAUAAAACCCUUCUUCAGGAAGUUACCAAAAAACUAAGCUACUGUGUGAAGUCUGAGCUCAUUCCACUGAUGGAAGUAGCUGGUGUUUUGGAGGCACGUGCAAAGCAGCUUUACAAAGCAGGAUAUACCACCUUGGUACAUCUGGCAAAUGCUGACCCAACUAUAAUGGUGAAGUCUAUUGACCAUUUAUCCAAGCGCCAGGCAAACCAAAUUGUCUUUUCUGCCAAGAUGCUACUGAGUGAAAAAGCAGAGGCUCUCCAAGAGGAAGUGGAAGAUCUUCUACGCGUUCCCCCAGAUCUCCCAACACUUAUACAAGAGCCCGAAAAUAAUUAACAAAUGUAUAUAUAUGCAAAGUGACAUUUUCAUAACUUGAACUCUAAAUUCCUACAUAUGUAAUAAAUAAUUAGCUCUUUAUUUUUUUAAUA